AUGGCUGGUGAAUUCCCGGCUGGUUUGAAGAUUCUCAUUGUUGAUGAUGAUAGAACAUGUCUCUUAGUACUGGAAAGAAUGCUCCGGAAGUUUUCAUAUCAAGUUACCAAGUGUCAGCAAGCGAGGGAAGCCCUUGCUUUGCUUCGACAAGACAAAAACAGAUUUGAUAUCGUCCUAUGUGAUUUACAUAUGCCUGAUAUUAAUGGAUUUGAGCUUCUUCAGAUCAUUGAAGUAGAGAUGGAUUUACCGGUUGUUAUGAUGUCUUCUGAUGAUGGAAAAGGAGUUGUUAUGAAGGGUAUAGUCCAUGGAGCUUGUGAUUAUUUGGUAAAACCAGUUCGCAUGGAAGCUAUUGGACUCAUUUGGCAGCAUGUGGUUCGCAAGAAGAAGAAACGUUUCUCGGGAGAAAUUACUAGGUCAUUGCCAUUACAACCGGCUGACAAUGCCGUCCCGCCAAUGGAUAAAAGAAGCCUGAAAUACCGGAAACGGACAAGUGAAGACGAAGAUGUAGCUGAGGAUGGGGAAUCCUCCGAGGGGAAGAAGCCGAGGAUGGUUUGGACACAAGAGCUCCAUGAUUUGUUCGUUGCUGCUGUAAAUGAACUAGGGCGUGGUAAUGCUGUUCCUAAGAAAAUUUUGGAACGUAUGCAAGCUAUGAAUGUGACUUUUCUUACAAGAGCCAAUAUUGCCAGUCAUCUUCAGAAAUACCGCAUGCAUCUUCAAAAGGAAGGUCCAGUACCCUCCAGUGAUAGCAGAGAUGUGAAUGCUUAUAUAGACCACCGCAACCUACAAUUUCAACCUUCACCCACUACUCCAUAUCAACUUCCAAUGCAAAAUCUAAUCACCGAGAGAGCCAAUGGAAACGUAUUAAGUAUAGCUCCAAGUCAUGUUGAUGGAGGGAGCAAUAUUUUCAACUCCAACAUUGCCUCGGAAUCAAGUUGCUCUCUCCCAACUCAAGUCACCUUGUAUAAUCUCUAUCGAGCAAACUUGUUAUACCAGAAUGAUUUUCCUCCUACUAGUAAUGGUGUUGCUAUCUCUAAUGACAAUGCAUUUCCUCCUAACGAUGGUGUUGCCAACUCUAAUGACGAAAGUUUUUACUGUAACGUAGUAGACGGUACGGAGCUUUCGAACCCAUUUUCAGCUGUUGCAGUAGACGGUACGGAGCUUUCGAACCCACUUUCAGCUGUUGAGGAGUUGAUCCACGAGCCCUCAUUUUUGGUCGGACAAUAUGAUCAACAAGCCUUCUUUCGUGGACCAAUUUGAAUAGGGUUAGCUAAAAUUGUUCACUGAUAUGUUAUUUGACGGAUAAGCCUUUUGAAGAUUUUCUUCGCAAAACAAAUCCUGGUUUUCUAUCCUCUGUACGUCUCGUGCAGUUCUAUUUGUUUUAUUUAGA